AUGUCCCAUUCAGGAGCAGCCACUUUCAAAAAAGUCUCUGGUAUUAUAACAAUCAAUGAGGAUGCCUCACCUGCUGAACUAAUAUGGAGAUCAACCGAUGGGGAUAAGACACAUACAAUCAUUCUAGAUGGUAUUGAUAAACUGCAAGCUACCCCUGUUACCAGUGAAAAGAUGAUGUUAAGAUUAAUGUCAAAAGUUGAUGAAAAUAAAAAAGUGAAAGACAAUGAAGGUAAUGAGGCUCCACCGAAACCUCAGACACAUAUGUUUUCAUUUAAUAAUAGGACUGUCAUGGAUAAUAUCAAAACUACUUUACAGUUGAUCAUCUCCCGUUACAAAGAUGAUGAGUUAUAUGAAGAGAAAAGAAAAAGUGAUAUGGCAAACGAGAAGCAAAUCUCAGCUCCUCUUAUUAAUACUGCUAAAUUAGAUGACUCUCUAUCAAAAGCAAAACUAUUAACGAAUUUAAAAUUACAACAAUCUUUGCUGAAAAAUAAUAAGAAUUUAAUGAAAACUUUUCAGGAAACUGUUAUACAUUCUGGUUUACUUGCUGAUGAAUUUUGGUCAACGCGUAUUCCUCUGUUGAGAGCCUUUGCAUUAUCAACCUCUCAAAAAAUUGGGCCUUAUAAUGUCUUAUCAACGAUUAAACCUGUCGCAUCUUCUGAAAACAAAGUUAACGUUAAUCUAUCAAGAGAGAAAAUUUAUAGUAUUUUCGAAAAUUAUCCGAUUGUAAAGAAAGCAUAUGAUGAUAAUGUUCCAAAAAAUUUCAAAGAACCGGAAUUUUGGGCAAGAUUUUUCUCUUCCAAAUUAUUUAGAAAAUUGAGGGGUGAAAAAAUCAUGCAAAAUGAUAGAGGUGAUGUAAUUAUUGAUCGAUAUUUAACUCUUGAUCAAGAAUAUGAUAGACAAGAUGAUAUCAAGCUAACUCAUCCGGUUCAAAAAUUCAUUGAUAUUGAUGGGAAUAAACAAGAUGAUCCUGUGAAAUUUGGGAAUAAACCUGAUUUUACCAUGCAGCCUGGUGUUGAUAUUAAUGGGAAUAACGAUGGCACAGUCGAUAUAUUAAAGGGAAUGAAUAGACUAAGUGAGAAAAUGGUGAUGGCUUUGGAAACAGAAUAUUCGAGGUCCACUCUGCAACAAGAAGAUCCUGAAAAAGAGGAACGAGAAAACCUAGAGAUACAUGAUUUGAAUGCAACCUAUCAUGCAGAUUAUGCUUUGGUGCAUUUGAAGACACGACGUGAUAAAGAGACGAGCUCUUCCACAAAUGACGGUGAUGUAGUAAAUAAGAAAGGUGCAUUUGACUCUGAUGCUGUCAAACAAGAAAUAUCGACGGUUUUGAAUUCUCUUAUAAAUACUUUGGAUUUAAGUAAAAUGAUCCCAGAUGAUUCUACUAGUAGCGAAAUCAGUAAGAGAAUAAACAGCGCAGUUAAGACUAAUGCAAAACAGGCAAAGCAUAAUACUGUGGACUCUUUGAUGGGGGCAUUUGUCGGGAAUAGGACAGAUGAAAUAGAAGCUAGCUCGACGAUACCGCCUGAUCUUUUGGAAAGUUGUAGAAUAUUGCAUAGUACGUGUUGUGAAUUCUUGAAACAUUUCUAUAUACAUUUCCAAAGUGGUCUUGCCAAAAGAGCUUCUACAGUUAAGAAACUUUAUAACAAUUUGAAGGAUUGUAUGGAUAAGCUAAAAGAAUUAUUCCACGAUGUUCGUCAAGGAGAUAGCCAAGAAAUGGCCGAAACUUGUGAAGCAUAUUUGAAUCCUAUUCUCCAUUCUAUUACUACUGCAAUAAAAAAAUAUGACAGUUUACUUGAGCAAGCAAGUUGA